AUGAGAGCUGCUCUGCAGGCUAUUCUACCACACAUGUAUGGUAACCACGGAAAAUGCGGUACAUGGUGCAAAUUCAUGGCCGGAGACGCUACCCAUCAUAGAAACAUAUCUUGUGAUUUACAUGAUACUGAUUUGAAAUUGUCCUUAGAAAAUCUUCUAGCACCGUAUAUAACCAAUGCGCAGAAAUUGAUGACAACUGCAUCUUCACAAACAAAUGAAGCUCUAAAUCAUGUUGCUUGGAGCAAGACACCAAAAGUCCGAAAUUACAGUCAUAGUGAGAGUUUUGAUUUUCGGGUGUCUGCUGCCGUUUUGCAGUUUAACGACGGCCUGUCGUACCUUAAUGAUGUUACUAAAAAUUGCAACCUUUCUCCAAAUAAAGAGACAGAAAAGCAUAUAGUUGUCCAAGACAGAAUAAGAGACAAACAGAAAAUGUACAAACAAAAUCGAGAAGCGAAACGCCGGAGGUUUGAAUUAAAAAAGCAAAGAUUAUUAAAAUCAGCUGUGUCCGAAAUUAAAGAAGGCGUCUCGUACCAGUCAUGCUGUGCUUUUGAUGAACUUGAAGUUUUGGAUACGACUCCGCUUCCCGAGCCUGCGGUGAAGUAUGAACAAUGUCAUCCUGAAUGCCCUAUUGUAUAUUACGAUUUGGAAACGUCGAAUGUAGGCGAUCAUGCAGAAAUUGUCCAGCUUUCGGCAGUCUGCGGCGAUUCGCACUUCACUAAGUUCGUUCUACCUAAAGGCGAUAUACAUGUAAAAGCAACUGCUGUUAACGGUCUUGAGGUCCGCAUAGUGAAAGGAAAGAAGUACCUCUUUCAACAUAACCAGGAAGUUGAAUCCUGUGAUGUAUCAAUGGCAUUGUCCGAAUUUUUAGCAUGGCUGAAUUCCUUAAGUGAAGGGAAAGUUAUUUUAGCGGCCCACAACGGAAAGGUUUUCGAUAUGAAAUUCCUAUUGAAGUAUGUCACAGAAACAAAUUGCUUUAAUCUCUUCUGUGAAAAUGUCUAUGGAUUUAUUGACACACUACCUCUCCUUAGAAAACAGAAACCAAGGAUGAAGUCAUACAAACUAACUAAUCUGUAUGAACAGACAUUUGGUGUUACAUUCGAAGCUCACGACGCAUUACAUGAUGCAAAAGCUUUACAGGAUAUUAUCAAAGACCGGAGCAUAGCGUUCAAAGAAAUGGAAAGCUAUAUUUUGACUGCAACUGAAGCAGUAAACUACUUGUUGAAUAGGCGCCGGUCACGUGCUUGUGCUGCUGAAAUGGAGAACAAAUUAUGUAAAAAUGAAAAAGUUAUAACAUGUUCUAUGGCAAAAAAGAUCUCUGAAAGUGGACUUUCUUACGACCAUUUAAACACGGCAUACUUACGUGAUCCCGAAAAUGGAAUAAAAUUGUUGCUUUCAGAAAAAGUCAACGGGAAACCGAGAGUUACAAACAGAACGGCCAUAAUCAAGUCUAUAAAAUCACACUUUGACACUGUCCAUUCACAGCUACUUAGCUAG